AUGAAAAUGUCAGUAACCCUUCGCCAACAUUUCUGGAAAACAAAAUUGUGCCCUUUACAUAUGGAGAAUAGGUGUAAUGAAGGGAGCAAUUGUGAUUAUGCUCAUUCUAUAGAAGACCUAAGAUCUAUUCCUGAUUUGAAAAGAACUAAAUUAUGUUACAAGCUAUUAAAAGGAGAGAAAUGUUUUAAUAAAAAAUGUAAUUAUGCGCAUAAUCAAGAUGAAUUAAAAUCUGCACAGAAUUUAUUUGCAUAUAAAUCAUCUAUGUGUAAAUUUGUAGCAAAUAAAAGAUGCUUGAAUGGCGCUACAUGUCGUUUUGCUCAUUCAGUUGAUGAAUUAAGGAUACCAAGGAUACCUGAUAUAUUAUUAGAAAAGAAGGAUAAUAACCAAACGGAUGGGGGAAACAAGGAUCUCCUAAAUAUAGGAAUGAAUAAUAAUAUGUUGAAUGAACUAAAUAAUAGCCAUAAGAAAACAAGAAAUAGAAAUAAUUUUAAUAAUAAUUUAGAUAUGCUUAUAAAUAAUUUUAAUGAAAUGCAUAUUAUUAAUAAUGAAUAUAUGAAGAAUUAUAAUAAUUCAUUAAACAUUCAUAACAAAGGCGAAAAUAGUUAUGAUAAUAUUAUUAAUAUGAAUAAUUAUAAUGAAAAUGGAAAUGCUUUUGUUGAUCAUGUGAAUGAUCAUUUUUGUGAUAAAAUUUUUAAUAGCCAUUUGGAUAAUAAUAUGAAUAUUCAUAUCAACAAUAAAAUAAAUAAUAACAUGAAUAAUAACAUGAAUAAUAACAUGAAUAAUAACAUGAAUAAUCACAUCAAUAAUAACAUCAAUAAUAACAUCAAUAAUAAUAUGAAUAAUCACAUCAAUAAUAAUAUGAAUAAUCACAUCAAUAAUAAUAUGAACAAUUACAUAAACAGUAACAUGAAUAAACAUUAUAGUAAUUGUUCUUAUGGUACAUAUGAUAACCGUUUUAUACAAAAGAACUGUGAAAUAAAAUAUCAAGAUGAUAUGAAAAAGAAAGAAAAAAAUAAAUAUAAAAAUAAAGGGAAAUUAUUAAAGGAGGAAACAAACAGUCCAAAUUACAUAGACAAACAAAACAAUAGCAGUACAGAAAAAAAUAAAAAAUCAAAAAACAGUUGUAUCAUGAAUAGUACUUCUUCGUCUUUGAAAAACAAUGAAGACAAAAGUUAUGAUAGUAACACAACCAUAUCAUCAAGUUUAAAUUAUGUAGAUGAAGAUAAGAACAAAACAAAUGAAGAUACUUAUGCAAGCCCUACAUUUGAAAAAGUUGAUAAAAAUCAGUAUUAUGCAAAAACAGAAGAAACCAUAAGCAUGAACAAUAUGGAUAAAUCAUGUAACAAAGAUGAUUCAAAAGAAGAGAAGAAAAAAUUAGAAAUAAGAAAAAAUGAAAAAUUAAAUAUAAAAGAUAUAUAUGAUGAAAAUAAAAAUAUAUAUAUCCAUGAUUCAAAUAAGCAUAAUAAUAAUAAUAAUAAUAAUAAUAUGAAUAAUAUAAAAGAUAAAAAGAAAAAAAAUAAUAUUUUGACAAAUCAAAUAAAGGAAGAACAAAACAAAAUAAAUAAUGUAGAAUAUGAAAAUUAUACAAAUUCAUGUUUAUAUAAAAAAAUUAAUAUAAAUCAAAAUAUUCCAAAUUAUUACAAUUAUCCUAAUUAUCACAGUUAUCCUAUUUAUGAAAAUUAUCCUAAUAUUUAUAAUUAUCCGAAUAUACAUAAUUAUCACAAUUUUCAAAAUAUAUCAAAUAUUAAAGGUUACAGUCCCUAUUUCAAUUACAUACAAACAAAUGAUAAAAUUAGUAAAGCGGAUACAUGUGUAGAUAGUCCAUAUUCUCAAUAUAUAAAUCCAAAUGAAUAUUAUUUUUAUGAUCAUCAAAAUAAUAUACAAUAUGUUCCACCAAAUUAUUAUGGAAAUUAUUUGUAUUAUUACGCGGCUCCAUAUGGUUAUGGACCUAUUGGUUUACCAGAAAAAGUAGUACAUAAUAACCCUCCUAAUGAAAAAAUAAUAUUUAAUGACAAUACAGGAAAAGAAUAUACAACAAAUGAGGAGAUUAGCAUAAAGGAGGUAGAAACCGAAAUUGAAGAAGAUAAAUCUGAUGAUGGGAAUAAUAAAGUAGAAGAUUCGGAUGAAGUAGAUAGUGUAUUACCAAAAUAUGAAGAAUGUACUACAGAGGAGAAAAUAUACGAAAACAAUAUAUGUGAAGAAAUGAAACAUGAAUUUGAUACAUAUGAAAAAAAGGUAUUACAAGUGGUUACAGAAGAGGAUAAUAUUAAUGAGAAGGAUACAUCUGUGAUAAAAAAUUACAAAAAUGUCAAUGAAACAUGCAAUAUGGAAGAAAAUAUAAAAGGUGAAGAUUCACAAAUAUGUUCUUUAGAUGACAUAAAGAAAGAGCAUAGUGUAAAAAAUAAUGAGAACUAUUAUGUUAUAACGAAUGUACACGAAAAUGUAAAAACAUCUAGUAUUCAAAACCUUAUGAAUGAAAAAAUUUCCAACAAACAUAUUUCUCUUAACAUAGAAGACCCAAAAAGAAAAAACAAAAAUGAGAAACAAACUAAUGAAGAAGUACAAAUAAGUUCAAACAUUUUACAUAAAAAUGAAGAAGAAAUAAAAACGAAAGAUAUGAAAUAUUAUCAUAAAGAAAAUAAGGUAAAAAGAAAAAAGAAAAUAUCCAAGCUAAUAUCUUCAAAAGAUUCCAAAAAGAAAAAUAAUAGAAAUAAUAAUAUUAUGCAAAAUGGAAAAAAUACGAAAUUAAAUCCUGUUCCUUCAUCUGUAUAUAGUUAUAUUGGAAAUACGAUUAAUUCUCAAGGUCUAAAUUAUGAUACCACGUAUAUGAAACCAUUGUCUAAUGAUAUGGAUAUAUAUAUGAACAAUCUAUAUCAUAUAAAUCCUCUGAAUAAUGAUUAUAUAAAUUAUAAUUUGAAUAAUAGAAAUUAUGGUUAUUAUUAUUGUUCUUAUCCUAAUCCUUCUAUUUUUAAUGAUGAAGCAUAUUUAAAUUAG